AUGCCGAUUGCCUUGAGCCAGAAGGAGUGGGAGCGGAUUAAGAAACGGACGUCUCCAGAUAAAGAAGAUCCAGAGGCGGUGCGACGAAGAGAAUACGUAAACUUCUUAAACACGGCAAGUCAAGAGAUGACCAAGACUUGGCCUAAUUCUGUUGAGAAUGUGAACAGGCGCAACGAAGAGCUACGACUGGCUCGGAUAGAAGCGGCAGAGCAGGCCAAUACUAUAUUCUACAAGCGUUAUUUGAGAAAAAAGAAGGAAAAGCAGGAGCAGCUCAUGUAUUCAGCCAGAGACAUCAUGUUUAAGAGUAGCGAUGCACCAAAACUACUACUAACUGCUGUAAUAGAAACUGCGGUCCAGAAAGAACGCAUAGAACAAAUAAAUUUCUUGAAUGAACUCCGUCGCCAAGAAGCCGAGAACAAACGGAAAAACGACGACCACAUCAUACAACAAGCCAAGGAAUGGAACGAGCUCAACGAACUGAGAAGGAAGAGAAGAUUCGAGGUGAAUAAACAGCAUCAAAAGGAAAUUCUGGAGCAAGCACACGAAGUGGCAGAACGUAACCGCAAAGCCUACGAGACGGAGCUCAAUUUGCAGAAGAUUGACAACAUCAAUGCGAGUGCAGAAAUAGACGCCAUGAAAGAAUUUGAUAAAGACUUUAAAGAACGAGAGAAGAUUCGCAUCUUCAAAGACAUGGAACAAGCGAAGGCAGAGACGAUUACACGCAAGAAGGAGCAAGCAGCUCGUGACAAGAUGGACGACAGGCUCAUAGAAGUACUCAAUAAAUCCCGCGCCAGGAUCGAACGCAGAAGAAAACAGACUGAACUAGAUGUGAAAAAUGAAAAGCUGCGUGUUCUGGAAGCGAUCAGCAACAAAUUGCAAUCCGGUGACGCUGAACGGGAGGCGAAAGAGGAGGCUAUACUGCAAAAAGCCAUCAAAGAGAAGAGAGAUUUAGAGGACGCUCGCAAUGAAGCACAGACGCAGAAGAAUCUGAAAAAUAAACAAGAGCGCAUAGCUCUUAGAGAGAAGUUCCUACGAGAUGAGGAGCAACGUAUUCAUGAGUUCAACACAAGACGACAAUUUGAGAUCAUGAAUAGAUUCAAGAAUGCUGAACUAUUUAAAGAGUUCAAAGAAAACAUGCGUCGAGUGAAAAAUCGCAAGGUCAAAGACUACAGGGCAGAUAUAUUAAAGCUUUGGAAAGAACGUGAAGAGCGCGAGGCCCGCGAGCUGGCAGCUAAGCGCUACUUCUACGGGGAGUUAGCGGAGAAGAAGAUACGGGACGCUGAUAACAAACUACUAACUCAUGCUUCGCAUCUUUUGGCAGAAGCCAAGGAACACGGACGACCUGAUUUCGCCAUCCGUAGAGCUAUUGAUAAAUACUGCAAGAUGUACCGCCUGUAUCCGAUGCCCCCGCUGUACGAGCCAAUAGCGGAGCACAUGCGCCACUACGAGCCCAAGGACGAAUCACGCCCCGACCCCAACUACGUCUACCCCCCACCGCCACAAUCAACGGCAGACGACGGGGACGAGUCUCUUCAGCUGGGUGAUAAGAGAGAUGGGCUGCAGGGUACUGAGAACGCUGGACCCUCAAAGCAAACGACUAACAAACCGCAGGAGGAUUCAGAUGGCUACAAAAAGGCUGGUCCAGCUAACGGCUUACAACGGCGUAAUUCAAAGAACGAUUUAUCACUACCCCCGAUUGCAAUGGUUCCGUGCAAGAACCCAGAUUGUCACUGCGAACUAAAACCUAAGGACUCGUAG